AUGGGAAAUACCAUUGUGUUAGAAAAUGAAGACUACCUAUAAUCCAAUAUAUUAAAGGAUAAAAUUACCUAUGUUAACUCUAAGUAACAUAAGUAUUUAGGAUAGAUUCAAUUAUGGAAAAAUAAAUUAAAUCCACAAGAGUGGAUAUUUUCGAAAGUAUAAAUUGUUUUUAAGCAAGAUAAGAUUUCUUAGAUUGAUAUUGAUUGUCAUUUAAUACAUUCUUAACAUGCUUAAAGAAAAUAAAUGUAACAUGAAUAUUUAUUGAAAUAUUAUGGUUGUACAAUUAAAGAGCAAACAUUUUAAGGAAUAAUUAAAGAAUUUAGAAUUUAUUAUGAAUUUUUACCAACCAAUUUAUCAAUGGUCAUUAAAGAUCAUCAAUAUUAAGGCUAAUAUGUUAAAGAGUCUUUUAUUUGGAAAGUAAUUAAAAUAUUUCUAUAAGUUAAUCACUUAAAUUUCGAUUGUAUUUUCUUAUCUAGAUAGUAAGAAUAAAUAUCACUCCAAUAUCAACUUUGAUAGUCUCUUUUUUGAUUAAGCUCAUAAUGUGAAAAUUUUAGUAUAACCUAAUUUAAAAAUAGUAUCAUGGGGCUCUACCAAAAUUAUUAUCCAUUUAUGCUUAAACGUUAGGAAAUUAUAAUUCGAACAUUUCUUUAAGUCCUUAAUAGAUGAAGGAUUAUUAAAAUCAGUCAACAUAUUCAUAAAUAAAUCCUUUCAAAUAGGAUUCUUAUUCGUUUGGAAUACUUUUAGUAUCUAUAAUGAGUGGUAAAGGUAAUAUUUUACAAAUAAUUUUAAGAUCUAACAAUGUAUACAGACUUUUAUAAGGAAGUUAUACAUUAUUAGCGAAUUUUAAAUAUAUUGGGAUCUGCAUUUCAAUAUUAUUCUUAAUCUUUGAUAAAUAUAGUAGUUAGCUUAUUAUAAUAUGACGAUUCAAAAAGACCAAAUAUUUCUUAAAUAUUUAAAGUAAAGAUCCAUAAAUAACCAAUUCUCUUAUAUCAACCACAAUAAUAGACUCUUUAAUAACCUCAAACAAUUAAUAUUUAUAGAAUGGAUAAAAAUCAAUCUUAUUCUACUCAAAAUCAUAUAUAUAAUAAUCAGAAUUAAUACCUUCUGAUCUCACCAAAUAAAAAGGCUCUUUCUAUUACAAAUAACACAUUAGUAUACUCUUCACCAAUAAAAACCUCAACAAGAACAUCAUAUGAAUAUCCUAAAUAAUUUUAAUUAGUUAAUGGAUUUUUUACUCCUAAGGCAAAAUAAUCUAGAAGUCUAUCUUAUAGAUUUCUUACAAGUAGAAACAUUAGUAAAAUUUAAUCACCUUAUAUAAAAUGA